AUGACCAAAAUUACAGCAGCUAUUGCCCACAGGAAGGGAAAGCUAGAAGGGAUCGUCACCAAAGCCCUGCAAGCGUUUGUGAUCAAUGGCCUGGCUUCCAUCCAUGGCAGUCCUGAAGCUAAGAUGACUCCGACUACCUACAUGGAACUGUAUACCGCUAUUUCGGAAUUGAUCAACCGCGAGGAGUAUACAGAUACUAACACUCGCGGAAAUCUUCUUUACAAGGCCGUAUCCAAUUUCCUCGCCGAGUACCUCCAGUCCGUCGCACAAAAGCUCGAAUCCCAAGACGACAGUGCUCUUCUGAGCGCUUACUUUGCCGAAUGGGAUCGAUACACCGCGAGUGCCACAAAAGUCGACCAUCUACUGCGCCAUCUCAACGAACAUCACAUUCAAGGAAAAGCCGAAAAGGGAAAGAAGGGCAUCUACCCCAUUCGUCUUCUUCACUUUGUCCACUGGCGAUCACAAGUCUGGCAGAAAAUCGCUUCUCGUAUUAAUGGCUGCGCCGAGCAGGCGCUUCGGACCAACACUGAGUAUGCAAACAUAAUCUUCGAUAUGUACAACAAAUGGGCUGAGGCGCAUCCUACUUGCAAGGAUGGUCAUCUGCUCCAGCUUAGCAAGAGCCUCGAGGCACCGUUUGUUGAUGAAGUUAGGGAGCAUGAGAUCAAAGUUGCCAAAAUUGCUUUCGAGAUUGCAAGGGCCAGAGCAGAGCGUGCAGAGAUGAUUGCACAGGAUGCAGGCAAAGAACUACGCAUGUUGGAAGAGGGGCACGACAGCAUGGAGAUUCUACUUCAUGGGGAGCCCAUCGGCGUGAUGUACAAGUCUGAAGAGGAUGUCGACGACAUAAUGCAGUCGCCAAGUUAUGCUACCUUGGGGGGGGAAACGGUUUCCUAUGUUGAUCUUGAUGUGGGACGCUAUUUUGGUCAACUUUCGUAG